UAUACAAUUUCUGAAGCGGGGAACCACAACGUUAAAGGUCAGAAAAGAACACAAAAAGCAUGGAAGUGGACGCGACAUCCUUUUUAAAACAACUCGCUGACACUCUUGGCUCUGGAGAAUCAGCUUUACGACUUGUGUUGUCUUUAUUGGCAGGGUAUCCACUGGCCUAUGUAUACAGACAUUUUGUGUACAGAAACCCCCCUGUGGUGCAGCAUGUCUUCUUCAUCCUCACGGGACUGGCCAUUUGCUACUUUAACUUCGGUUUUGACACAAUCCAUUCCAUCACAAACGUUGUCCUGAUAUGGUUACUGCUGCAGAUCUGUGGAGGAACUAAGUGGAGUGUAGCCGUGGGAUUUGUGCUCAAUACGGGAUAUCUUUUGAUGGGCUACUAUGUUCAGGGCACGGACGAUUACGAUAUUUCCUGGGCUACACCGCACUGUGUCAUAACACUACGUCUCACUGGCACCAUAUUUGAUAUUUAUGAUGGGAAGAAAAAAGUGGAGCAUAUGUCAGAGGAGCAGAAGUCCAGUGCCCUUUAUCACUGCCCCUCUCUCCUGGAGAUGAUGGGACAUGUUUUCUACUUCGGAUCAUUCCUUACUGGACCCACGUUCAGCAUGCGCCGCUACCUCUCCUUUGUGACCGGAGAGUAUGGCCUGGGGCUAGGACCUCCUAGAAAUCAUUACGAGGCAUUCAGCAGACUCGGGGCGGGGGUUGCCUACAUUGCUGUGUUUCAUAUACUGUCUUUCCUGGUCUUCACAGAUCAAUACAUGCUUUCUCCGCAGUUCAACGAUCUCAGGUUCUUCUCCAAGUGUGCCUACAUCUUGAUAUGGGGGAAGCUACACUUGUGUAAAUAUGUUGGCGUUUGGUUACUUGGGGAGGGUAGUUGUAUAUUGACGGGUCUCACAUACAAUGGUAAAGACGUGAAUGGUAACAUGCUGUGGGACGGGUGCUCCAACACAAAACUGUAUGUCCUCGAAUCAGCAUCCACAUUCAAAGAGGUGAUUGUGGGUUUCAACGUGUGCACAAAUACGUGGAUGGCUCGGUACAUUUUCAAAAGAUUAAAGUUCCUGGGCAGUGUACAGGCAUCACAGUCAGUAACACUUCUGUACCUGGCCGUAUGGCACGGUCUUCACUCGGGAUACUAUAUGAACUUUUUCCUGGAGUUCAUUAUGGUGAAUGGAGAGACACAGUUAUCGAGUGUUUUGAGAUUAUUGCCGGCCACCUCUAAAAUUCUUUCACUGCCGGUGUUGUCUCCCCUGGUCUGGCUGGUGAAGAAGAUAUGCAUGCAGUUCUUUCUCAGCUAUGCACUUGUCAGCUUUGUGCAUCUUAAAUGGCAUCGGUAUAGCCAGGUCUACUCAUCCAUCUCAUACGUCGGCCAUGUUGUGUUCUUGGUGCUGCCGCUGUUCUGCGUGAUGGUGAAAUCCUCGCUCAAGACCCCUGGGAAAUCCAGCAUCAACGGUGUACCUACACAAAAAUCUAAAGAAGAGAGUAAGAAGAUUAAGUAGGACCUGGAGACGGAUAAAACAGAGUGCAGAAACAUGUCCAUGUUCCACUGAGCAACUUAAUGGCUGUGCGUAUAAGGUCACCCAAGAUUAGCCUGUGCAACACAUAAUGGACAAUCAGCGAAAAACACGCUUUUAUGGUAUUUUACGUUAGAAGGAAUCUUGUAUGCUGGAAAGACUGCACAGGAUAAUCUGGACAGACACUUUACACACAUGCAUAAAGCCCUGUUUUCUGGGGACGAGGAUCACUUAUUCUCUAGAUUUGUCUCUGGGAUUGCUCUUACAUUCCAAGUGAGCCUUGCUCAGGGAAAAUGGGGCUUAAUUCAAUGUGGUAAAGUCAAAGCAAAACAAACAGUUAAGACAGAAAGUGUGGUCCAUGAUACGCCUGUACGGACUGCACAGACUAAUCUGGGACGACACUUUACGGACAUUCAUUAAGACCUGUAUUCCCAUAGCAUGGAUCAAAUUGAUCCUAGUGUUUAAGGUGCUUAUCCAUAUAGAUCUGUAAAGUUUACAGAUUGUGUUCAUUGUUUGCAUAAUUAUGGUUUAUGAAUUAGAUGAUUUUAUUUUUGCAAUAACAAAGUUGCUUUUUAUGUUGUUGCUAAAUUCCCAUUUUCACCACCGCAUGGUAGUGUGAUUCAAUUUAAUUAUUUACAAUGUUUGCGAUCUGUUCUUUAUUGCAUUUGUUGUUUGCAUUGAUGAUUCCAUGAGCGAGAUUCGAUUGAAAGUCCAUGGUGUAAUGUCAUUAUUUAGAGAGUACAAUCAUUACAUGUACAUAUAGUGAUUGUGGGGUGCUAUGAGGUCAGUUUAGAGAGUACAGUCAUUACAUGUACAUAUAGUGAUUGUGGGGUGCUAUGAGGUCAGUUUGUUAGAGAGUACAAUCAUUACAUGUACAUAUAGUGAUUGUGGGGUGCUAUGAGGUCAGUUUAGAGAGUACAAUCAUUACAUGUACAUAUAGUAAUUGUGGGGUGCUAUGAGGUCAGUUUAGAGAGUACAAUCAUUACAUGACCAUAUAGUGAUUGUGGGGUGCUAUGAGGUCAGUUUAGAGAGUACAAUCAUUACAUGUACAUAUAGUAAUUGUGGGGUGCUAUGAGGUCAGUUUAGAGAGUACAAUCAUUACAUGUACAUAUAGUGAUUGUGGGGUGCUAUGAGGUCAGUUUAGAGAGUACAAUCAUUACAUGUACAUAUAGUGAUUGUGGGGUGCUAUGAGGUCAGUUUAGAGAGUACAAUCAUUACAUGUACAUAUAGUGAUUGUGGGGUGCUAUGAGGUCAGUUUAGAGAGUACAAUCAUUACAUGUACAUAUAGUAAUUGUGGGGUGCUAUGAGGUCAGUUUAGAGAGUACAAUCAUUACAUGACCAUAUAGUGAUUGUGGGGUGCUAUGAGGUCAGUUUAGAGAGUACAAUCAUUACAUGUACAUAUAGUGAUUGUGGGGUGCUAUGAGGUCAGUUUAGAGAGUACAAUCAUUACAUGUACAUAUAGUAAUUGUGGGGUGCUAUGAGGUCAGUUUAGAGAGUACAAUCAUUACAUGACCAUAUAGUGAUUGUGGGGUGCUAUGAGGUCAGUUUAGAGAGUACAAUCAUUACAUGUACAUAUAGUGAUUGUGGGGUGCUAUGAGGUCAGUUUGUUAGAGAGUACAAUCAUUACAUGUACAUAUAGUGAUUGUGGGGUGCUAUGACCUCAGUUUGUUAGACUAACAUGUCUGAUAUAAUACGAUUAAAUUGAGGCAAGUUUUCAUUUUAAACACUCAAAUCUUCAAUUCUACUGUAAAUUACGUAGAUAUCUGUUUGUGUUGUGUAUUAAUUUCUUGUUUCUUGUUGAUGUUACACAGUUUCGGUUAACAAUAUCAAUUUUCUGGUGUUAUCAAUUAUUAAGUAAAUGUGCAAAUCUUUUGUUGCAUUUAAAUCCAUUUUCUUAAUGUUCUUGAAAGGCCUUCUGGGUACAAAACUGAUUACUGACAGAUUUUUGUCAUGUGAAAAAGCAAACUAUGUAAAUUAUACAAAAUAUUUUUAAUAAUACCAGAAUAUAAAAUUUGUUUGAGAAAUAACUUCAUGCGAAGUGUUGGUUAUUGCCGUCAUAACCAACGUUUGACAUUCCGGUGCUUACUAAUUUUACGACAUAGGCUCCGGCCAUGGUUUGUCGCUGAUCGACCAACACUUAUUUUCCUUCAUUGUUUGUAUAAAACAUGUUGCAGGUUGUGGUAGAUUAAAUAUUAUAGAUUUUGAAGUCAGGUCAUAGGUAUUUUAGAUUGAACAUACACAUGCAUGGAGCAAUUCUUGCCAAUUCUUGGGAAUUGUAAUUUGAUUGGAUUUUUGAAGUAUGUUUUUUAGAUACACAUUUAUUAUAAUGCAGGCCCCCAAGUGCUUAUUGUAACACUUCCCAUUCAAAUUGUUUCUUUUAUUUGCAAAUGAAUAUCCAGUUAUUGAAAAAAAACACGUUAUAAUUAAUACGUAAAUUUAUAUGUUUAAUUAACACAGUGGAUAGAGUUACAUUUCCUUGUAACAGGUUACAUUGUGAUUGAUAAAAUAAUAAUGUUCAUAUCAAUUCAUUGUUCCAUCUGAAUGUUCAUAUCAAUUCAUUGUUCCAUCUGAAUGUUCAUAUCAAUUCAUUGUUCCAUCUGAAUGUUCAUAUCAAUUCAUUGUUCCAUCUGAAUGUUCAUAUCAAUUCAUUGUUCCAUCUGAAUGUUCAUAUCAAUUCAUUGUUCAAUCUGAAUGUUCAUAUCAAUUCAUUGUUCCAUCUGAAUGUUCAUAUCAAUUCAUUGUUCCAUCUGAAUAUUCAUAUCAAUUCAUUGUUCCAUCUAAAUUGUUACUUCCUUAUGACUUAAAAUAAAAAGUUGUUGUGUUUUUAAAGUUUCUUUGUUAUUAUAUCAGUGUUAUGUGUGAACUUAAAUCAAUACUGCUAGUAUAAAAUAAUAUCAUGCAUAUGGUGAUUAUACUAAUUUUAUUUUUGUCUAAUUAAAUUAUAUUUCUGAAAUCGAACGUAAUCAAGUGCACUGCUUAAUACAAUGGAUACAUAAACAAAACAACCACAAACAAUAGUUAGUAUUUAACUAAAAUUGCAUAUUAAGUGCCACAUUAUCAGUCAACUUAACCCUUUACCUCUUAUAAACGCAUCCCUUAUAAACGCAUCCCUUAUAAUUGCAUCCCUUAUAAACGCAUCCCUUAUAAACGCAUCCCUUAUAAUUGCAUCCCAUAUAAACGCAUCCCUUAUAAACCCAUCCCUUAUAAACGCAUCCCUUAUAAACGCAUCCCUUAUAAACCCUUAUAAACGCAUCCCUUAUAAACGCAUCCCUUAUAAACGCAUCCCUUAUAAACGCAUGUUGAUGUGUAUGUAGUCCCUUACAAAAUCUUCUUAAAUUCACAAUAAUCUUUACACCCAUUUCUAGAAUCACGUUUUAAAGGCUUCAUUUCAAAACCUUUAGAUAACUGAUGAGCAUCAAACAGCAUAAAAUCUGAACAGGCUGCGAGUUACUGCACAGGCUUAUUGGGGACGAGACUUUUUUGCCUAAACUUAAUUUUUGCUAAAAAGAGACCUUCCUUUAAUGAAAAUUAUCAUGAAAGUGUUGACCCUGAUUAGCCUGUGUGCACUGCACAGGCUAAACUGAGACAACACUUUAUGCACAUAUUAAACCCCCUUUUUAAAGAGCAGGGCACAUAUUAACCCUAACCCACUAAGAAGCAAAGUGAAAAUGGCUAUGAAAAACAGCAUAAAACCAGAACAGCCUGCGAGUAACUCACAGCCUUUUCAGGUGUUUGGCUGUUUGCUGCUCAUCAGUAUAUAAGGGUGGAAAAUGAAGCCUUUAAAACUUGAAUUUAGUAAGAAAGGUCUUAAAUUAAAUCUAACUUUUUAAGGGACCACACAUGUGUAAAAAUACGUAUCUAAGUGGUAAAGGGUUAAUUGCAGCCGGGUUGUUUUAGGGUGUGAGACCAUGGGGUUUGAGUUUUUAUUGCAGUAAUAUUUAAGUGGGGACAAUGGAUCCAAAUUGAUUCACCUGUGUAAUCAAAACUGGUUGAGGUGUUGGGAGUCCUUGGUUAUUUAUUGUGUGAUUAUUAUUUUUGUUUCUUUAAUAUAUGGAUUUUAUCUACCUCUAUUAUAGCAAUACCUAUCAUAUAUUAUUAAGCAAGUUGAACAAUUGUUAAAGGAAAUCAUAUUAUAUACUAACAAAUUAACAUGUAAACUAACAAUUUGUUAUGUAUGGAGGCAAAUAAAAGCUACAUUACACAAA